CCCCGGGCGUGGGCUGCCCCGCCGGCCCCCGGGCACGGCCAGGCAGGGUGGGGGGCGAGGAGGCCCGGGCUGCAGGCGGCCCUGGCCGGUCGGUCCGUGCUGCCGGCGGGCCCGGAGCGGACAGGAAGCUGUUGGCUCCCCGGGGAUGCGAAAUAACUGGAAAGGAGGAAAACGGUGGAGAAACCCUCGUCCCUCUUGUGGAGCCUUCUGCUGGAGUUCAAGAAUUUCAGCUGAGUGAUCUUUUGCCAUAAACUGGUUUUCAAGAGACAUUCCUGCCAUUAUGAAUGAAGUAGCGAUAGUGAAGGAAGGCUGGCUUCACAAACGAGGAGAAUACAUCAAAACAUGGAGGCCACGGUAUUUUCUGUUGAAGAAUGAUGGCACCUUCAUUGGCUACAAGGAGCGGCCACAGGAUGUGGACCAGCGGGAAUCACCUUUAAAUAACUUCUCAGUAGCUCAGUGCCAGCUGAUGAAGACAGAGCGACCUAAACCAAACACAUUUAUCAUUAGAUGCCUCCAGUGGACCACAGUAAUUGAAAGAACAUUUCAUGUGGAGACUCCAGAGGAGCGGGAAGAAUGGACAAAAGCCAUCCAAACAGUAGCAGACAGCCUCAAGAAACAAGAGGAAGAGAUGAUGGAUUUCAGAUCUGGCUCUCCCAGUGAUAAUUCAGGUGCCGAAGAAAUGGAAGUUUCUAUGACAAAGCCAAAACACAAAGUGACCAUGAAUGAGUUUGAAUACCUUAAGCUACUGGGAAAAGGCACUUUUGGAAAGGUCAUUUUAGUUAAAGAAAAAGCAACUGGACGGUAUUACGCUAUGAAAAUUCUGAAGAAGGAAGUUAUUGUAGCAAAGGAUGAAGUAGCGCACACGCUGACAGAAAACCGGGUUUUACAGAACUCUCGGCACCCCUUCCUAACAGCUUUAAAGUAUUCCUUUCAGACACACGAUCGCUUGUGUUUUGUUAUGGAGUAUGCUAAUGGAGGGGAGUUGUUUUUCCAUCUGUCAAGAGAGCGUGUCUUCUCUGAAGACCGCGCUCGGUUUUAUGGGGCUGAGAUUGUUUCAGCGCUGGAUUACCUGCAUUCAGAGAAGAAUGUGGUUUAUAGAGAUUUGAAGUUGGAAAAUCUUAUGCUGGAUAAAGAUGGACACAUAAAAAUAACAGACUUUGGACUAUGUAAAGAAGGCAUCAAGGAUGGAGCAACAAUGAAGACUUUCUGUGGCACUCCAGAGUAUCUUGCACCAGAGGUUCUGGAGGAUAAUGACUACGGCCGUGCAGUGGACUGGUGGGGAUUAGGAGUUGUGAUGUAUGAAAUGAUGUGUGGACGGCUCCCUUUCUACAAUCAGGACCAUGAAAAGCUCUUUGAACUGAUCCUUAUGGAGGAGAUCAGAUUUCCACGCACAUUGUCACCUGAAGCAAAAUCCCUCUUGUCAGGUUUGCUGAAGAAAGAUCCUAAGCAAAGGUUAGGUGGUGGUCCUGAUGAUGCCAAGGAGAUUAUGCAGCACAAAUUCUUUGCUGGCAUUGUUUGGCAAGAUGUAUACGAGAAAAAGCUUGUACCUCCAUUCAAGCCACAGGUUACAUCUGAAACAGAUACAAGAUACUUUGAUGAAGAAUUUACAGCACAGAUGAUAACAAUCACUCCUCCUGACCAAGAUGACAGCAUGGAUUGUGUAGAUAACGAGAGAAGACCUCAUUUUCCUCAGUUCUCCUACUCAGCCAGUGGAACCGCUUAAUGUUUUGCCAUUCAGAAACAAAACAGACUGCAUUUUGGGGACCUUACUUCAAUGGACACUAGAGAACUUUCUAUAUUAUCAAGUUACAAACUGUGUUUGUAUUACGACUUAGAUGAAUUUGUAGGAAGCCUCACAGAUUCUGUAUUUAAAACAAUUCUUUGAUGCGUUUUUGAGGAGAACAAAUCCAUUCUUUAAGUAUUAUGUCAAGGCUUUUAUGCUGAAUCACCAUAGGUUUUUAAGAAUAUACACCAAAACUGUUUACUUUAGAAAUAAUUAAGGUAUUCAACAUAUCAGCAACUCUGACCAGAAAAUCCCCUUAUUUUAUUUAUUUCGUACAGUUCAUUAUCUAAAUACAGAAUCUGCACUCUGAUCAAUUAGAUUUAUAUAGGAAGAUAUAAGACUUUAGUAGCUAGUGCAAUAAUAUAAGCAACAAAGUGAACAAACUCUGGAGGGUUAAGGUUCAAACUCAUUUUGGACAGCAGUGAAGUGUCAUCCAACUCCAGAAAACCAACUAUAGGAACAGCAUUAAUGGCCUCAGUGAGGUAAAUCAAAAAGCAAAAGUUAUUUUUGUUAUAACAUCUGCUACAAGACAUUACAUAUCAAACUGAAUCCGGUGGGAUUGCCAUGCCUUACAGAUGAGUAUUUCAUUCUAGGCAGUGCAUUCUAAUUAUUCCGUUUGCAUAGAAUCUAGGAAUACUUCAUAGGAUUGGCUUCUCAGAACCUAGAAAACGCUUGAUUUACCAAUCUAAUAUGAAAGGCAACAACACAAAAUCACCCACUUUCACCACUGUACAGAAAUACCACACAGGUCUAAGUGAGCAAUCAUCCUCAUGAGCAAGUCAGCCAGACACGAGUACAUUUGGCGCUGAAGUAAUGACUUGUUGCCGCUUUUUUUUUUUUACGAAAAGAUAUAUGAAUAUAUAUAAACACUUAAUGAAUUUUUGCAUCAUGCCAGAUCAUUUCUUCUUUCUUGAGUGUGCAUUAAAGGUAUCAGCCAACAGUUCAUGGUGCCUUCUCACUCUUGAAGAUUCAGUUUAACAGUGUUUCCCAUGUAUAAAAAAAACUAGGUUGAAACUUCAUAUGUGUUUGAAUAAUAAUGGUGUUCAAAAAGUGAACUCUUUUUUUGUUUUUCAUUUUUAAUCUUAGUGGGAAAUUCCCCACACCCUAUUUUUGUUGUAUCAUGUUUCUUUGUAAUUUUCAUAAAAGCAGUCUUAUUCUGUCUCUGCUGCAAAUAAAGUUAUUCCAUUGUAGGUUGCGUUCUUUAAA